CGAUUGUCCCAUACUUGGAGGAGAUGAGAAAGAAGAAAGUUGAAAGAUGGGACCAAUUUGUUGAUGUCAUAGAGCAAAUUAAGAAGGUUGCAUCUGAAAUCAGGCCUGCAGAUUUUGUACCCUUUAGAAUUCCUAUGGAUCAGUCUGAUCUAUCUUUAAGAAAGCUGGAGGAGCUAACGAAAGAGCUGCAAUCCCUUCAGAAGGAGAAGAGUGAUCGGCUGAAGCAAGUCAUGGAACAUCUUAACACUUUGCAUUCGUUAUGCGAGGUGCUUGGUGUAGACUUCAAACAAAUAGUAAAUGAGGUGCACCCUAGCCUGGGUGAGGCUGAUGGAUCAAAGAACCUAAGCAACUGUACAAUUGAAAGCCUUGCAUCAGCUGCAAGCAGACUACGUGAAUUGAAAGUCUAGAGGAUGCAAAAGCUUCAAGAUUUGGCCUCUAGCAUGCUUGAACUUUGGAAUCUCAUGGAUACACCACUUGAAGAACAACAGAUGUUCCAGAAUGUAACGUGCAAUAUUGCUGCUUCUGAACAUGAAAUAACUGAGCCUAACACCCUCUCUAUUGACUUCCUCAGCUACGUGGAAUCUGAAGUUUUAAGACUCGAGCAACAUAAAGCGAGCAAGAUGAAAGACCUUGUUCUAAAAAAGAAGACAGAACUGGAAGAGCAUAGGAGACGUGCUCAUUUGAUUGGCGAGGAAGGCUAUGCAGCUAAAUUUAGCGAUGAGGCUAUUGAGGCAGUUGGAUGACACAAUCAUCAAAACCAUUGAGACUGCUCCCAACAAUGAACUGAAAAAAGCAAAAGAAAUCAUUCAACGUAUUCGCCGAAGAGAACUUUACAAGGCUGGAAAAAAGUUGCUUCUCAUUACUAAUUCAGAUUUUCAUUAUACAAACAAAAUGAUGAAUCAUGCAUUCAGUCGCUUUCUUCCUAAUGAUGUGGGAUGGAGAGAUCUGUUUGAAAUGGUUAUAGUCUCUACAAGGAAGCCAGAAUUUUUCCAGCUUUCACAUCCAUUGUAUGAGGUUGUAACAGAUGAUGGACUGAUGCAUCCCUGUUUUAAAGUAAAUUCAUUUUUGCAACCAGUAUUCUGUUCACCAAAGGACAAACUGGAGCAUUUCAAAAAUAUUACUGCACAGGACAUAGUUUGUUCGCAGAAAUCUUCUGAGGUGCUGCUGAAGGAAGAGGAUGUUGCAGUAAGCAAUGUUAAGAUAGAUCUUACUCGUGGAAAAGAUAACCCCCUUGAAAGCAUCAAGUUCUUUAAGGAUUCCGGCUCUCAUCAAGUGACUCCUCCCCCUCACGAUGACUUUGCAGACAUAUGUCUCAAUUCUAGAGGUGGAGCUACGAACAACAAUCCGAUGUCCUGAUCGAGAGCGAUGGAGCUAAUGUUUGAACUUGUGUGUUUGAA